GUGCUCCUGGCCUGUAGAACUCGGUCCCUCCUGGAUCACGUCCACACUUUGAGUGUGUGUUUUCUGAGGAAAGCUUAGAACACGUUUGUUUAAAAGAACAAAUUGGAGAAAACAAAUAGAUUGCUGUUCGCAGUCUCUCUGGCUCUUGUUCACAGGGAAAACAAUGGCAUCAGUGCCUUCCAUUGGUUGCCUGCUGGCCAAAAAUCAGUAUUAUCGAAAGGCCAGUAUUUCUUCAGUUAGCUCUUUAACUGAUUCUGUUAACAUCAUACCUGAUGACAAAUCCCAACAAGGGUUACCAAAAGUGGAAGAAUCCAGCUGGUGGUUUAAAUCCUUUUUCCAUUCUGAACCUGUGCUUUCAGUUGUGAGAGGAAAAGAUCUGUCGGCUAGUGGCACUAAUAGUUGACAAUCAAGAAGAUUCUACCUGCCGAGGUGCUAUGUUUGUGAACCACACUUUUUAGUACUAAGCUAUUCCAGAUGACCUUUCUUCAUUAUAAGAAGACAGAAACCUGCUGGAGAACCCAUUUAUGAGAUAGGAUCUCUGCAGCCACCCAUCCAGCAGAAGAUUAGGCAUUUCCCUCAUUACACAGACUGUUGCUGCAAGUGACAUCAGCAGCAUGGAGAAUAUUGGAAAAGUAUGCCUUUGAAAACAUGUGCCUUUUUAAAAUAAUAAGAGUCUUCAAAUGUAAUGAUUUGUAUGAAGUAGCUUUUUCUAUACACAUUAUUUUUCAAAAAGUUUUCAAAAGUUUCUAAUUGAUAUUUUCAGAAAAUUGUCAGGCUCUCUAUAUGCCUGUUGAAUGAUUUAUUAUACCUAAAAAGUGAAACAUUGAUACCUAAGAAUGGUUUAAAGGUCAUCGAUUUCAGAAAUGUAGAGAGCAGUUGCAAAAUUGUAUUUUUAAUCAUGAGCAUUGGAAAUAAAAUACAUCCCCAUAAAUAUAUUACCUGUUAAAAUAUAUUCCUGUAUAAUGUAUAGGAAUACAUUAUACAUUAUAUUAUAUUCCUAUAUAAUUUGUUAUUUGU